UUUAGCGAUGGUAUGGAACUCGCUUUUACACCAUUAAAAAGUUCUCACAUUGGAGAGUUCGUGUGUGAAGCUAGGAACAAAAUUGGCGUCUCGCGCUCGAAUGUACUGCACGUACGGAACGUGACGCACACAAAAAUUCCGGACGGGGCACCGAAACGCUUGCGAUUUACGCUUUUCGCUGGCCAAUUUGUGUCACUCCAUUGUCCGACUCCCGAUGGAAUCCCAGCGCCGAAAGUGCAUUGGCAAUUAGUGUCGGGGAAACCGUGUGAAAAACCUUGCUCUGUCGUGGAUCCUACAGGAACCUUACACAUACCGUUUGUCAGCGUCGAAAAGGAUAACGGAUCCGUAUGGCAUUGCGUCGUUAGUCAGCUUGAGACAAAAAAAGUAUUUCAAAUAGUUACGCUGGAGAUUCGCCCACGGCCCGUCGAAUGCGCUGCAAAACCUCGUUGGCUUUACCUCAACAAACAGGUUGUUAUGAAAAAGGGCGAAAAUGCUGAGCUGUUCUGCGUGACCUCUGGUCCAGACUGGCUAGCUCCACGAUGGGAUAUUGAUAGUGCUCUGAAAGCAGCUGUUCACGGUAACAGCUCGAUGCCACUUCGAAUCGACUCGUCUGCAGUGGCCACAACGGGAAGGACACGUUUCCAUCUCACCUGUUCCAGUAAUGGUCUUACGAGCAGUAUUAUUCUUUCGAUUAAGGCAGCACCUACAAUUAUUUACCUACCGAAAAGAGAGGAUGUUAAUGAGGGUGACACAUUCUCUGUCGAUUGUGAAGCGACAGGUAUUCCAGCGCCUAAAAUUGAAUGGAGCUUCAAUGGAGAAGAUGUCCUCCCGUCUGGGAUGAGGAUUGAAAAGAAAAAUCGAAUUGCUGUAGACAAGGCUCAUUUACGCCACCAAGGAGUUUUGCGUUGUGUAGCAACUAACGUCCAUGGCACCAUCUAUCGGGAGGUACAAGUUAUGGUGUACAGUGCCAUGCCUCAAAUCAUAGCUGAACACCGAUGUUUUAUUGCAGUGGAAGGAGAUAACGUAACUAUUCCGUGCACGGCUCGCGGUCAUCCACAGCCUAACCUGAGGUGGUCCCAUAACGGAUCUCAGUUGAAGGUGGAUAAUCUUAAUCACACCCUCGAGCUCAUAAAUGUUCGUCAUGUGGAUAACGGAGUGUAUACUUGUCAUGCCUGUGGAGACGUAUGUGCUGAAUUUGACGUUACUUUAGAUGUACUUCCAGCUAAGCUUGAAAAAAUGCCACCUAAACCACUCGAAGCACUAGAAGGGGAUCAUUUAAAACUCAGAUGUGUGGUGAGGGGUCGUCAUCCCUCUGGUAAUAAGAUCCGGUGGAAGGUCAAUGGUACGUUUGUUCACGAAGGUGAAACAUACGACAUCGAAGAACCCCUGAAACAGGGAACAUACUCAUGUGAACUGAAUAACGGAACCAAAUUGGGAGCGGAUUUAUGGGAAGCUGAGUUACGAGUCCUGAAACGGCCGUCUGUGCCAAAACUUAAUGAGCAGUGUAGAUCGGGCGAAGUUAAAUUAGGCUGGGUAUCGAAAGCACAAGAAGAAUCUGUUUUGUGGUACGAAAUUCAGCGCAGGCCACAGAGGAAUAGAAGUUGGCAGUCGAUCGGCUCUGUCGAAGCAAACGCAGAUAACGGCGAUAAGAUGCUACAGUUUAAAGCUGAGCUGCCAAAAGUUAGGGAGAGCUAUACGUUUAGAGUCAUAGCACACAACCGCGCGGGAUCGAAUUCUUCAACUCACACGGAACUCUGCAAAGCUUCAACCGGAUAUCCGCCUCUACGAAGCCCUGAUGGGAUUAGGAUAACAAGAAAUGGCAAUCUGGUUCACGUUAACUGGAACCCGCUACAGCCACAUGAGCGCAACGGAGCCCAGUUCUACUAUAGUGUCUCUGUGCAAAAGAAGGAUGGGAAAGCUACCUCAUUUACUGUAAGCGAACCUUUGUUCAGCUACAUAAUCGAGCAAAUUUCGGAAAUCGGUACUACUGAAUUUACGAUACAGAGCGUUAAUGAGUAUGCAGAGUCCAGUCUCGAACAAUUUGUUUAUGAUUGUGCUGUUUCAAUGUCAAAUCUUAGCGUCGAACAUGUAAGCUCAACAUCGGUCCGCCUUCGUUGGGCGUGGAAAGCCGACGAGGAGGGCUGCGCUGACGGAGCGUUCAGUGGAGCUCUUGUGAUACGCCAAUUCAGCUACGACAGUAACAUCCACGAAUAUAAUAUUUAUGAUAAAAUCGUUGCGCAAAGCGGCCAAUCGAUGCCAACUUUACCCGAAAGCGAGGUCUUAGUUCAGCUAAAACAGGAACAACACUUGCUAAACCAGCUCGACGAUCAGAGGCUAUAUUGUGUGCACUUGCGCGCCUGGUUUAGGCCAGAUUUUUCUACGAAUAAUACUAUGAACAUUAGUUCAGCUGCUGCUCCUAGCAGCAAUUACGGCGAGCACCGCUGCUCCGCUUAUCCAUCAACCGGAUGGUGUAACCGAACGUGGGAAAGUUCCGGCGGCGAGGUAUGCUUCUAUCCGAGCGUCGUCUUCGAGGAGAUGCCGGUUUCACCUGUGCUAGAAUUGAGGAACGGCGUCGCGCGCCUUCUAGAGCCGCCUCCCAAUACUGAACUUUUCUACCACCAGCAUUCGGCGGAAAAGAACGUUAAGAACAAGAAUCAGCACAGGGGCGUCGACUACGAUAUUGAUGCCAACGAAAACAGCGAUGUCGGAGAGCAAACGCUAACUUCGCCGCAGUGGCUACGUAGCAACACAAGCGUUCAACUUUUACUAGAUCACACCUACUCUGUGCGGUUAGUUCAGCUAACUUCUGAAAGGGCGCUGGGGGGCACCGCAGUGAACCUCACGUCAGCUAGCACAGCGAUAUUUAGUCCCACAGCAAAAGGGGCUGUUACUGACCGCGGCUGGGACGACAGCGAGGUCCCGCCUACAUCGACGUCACCACCACCACUAGAAGUCGAUGAUCGCGCAAUAGGUGCAGCUGUUUUUGCCUCGACUUCAAACGGGGCUUCCACUUUCAGUGAACGGGUUUGCCGAUUGUCGCCUAUCGUGACGCUUCGCCCACGAAGCGAUCCAUCCUUAUGGCUGUUGUGGUUCGGCGGAUCCAUAGGUCUUUUGCUCAUGGUGUUCAUCACGUUGGUUUUGCUGUUUCGUAAAAGUAGUGGCAUGGAAUUUUUCCAUGAAGAAGAUAAUCCUGAGGGGACUAAGCAGACGACACUCAAUAACAGUAUGCAAACGGGUGAACUACUUGAUGGUGAUGAAAAUAUAUUCGUAACAAUAAGCGAGAGUAAUAAUAACUAGAGCGCUAUUAAACUAGGGUAGGAUUUGAAAGAUUCUAGUGAAAAUUGUGAGCAUUGUUCGGAACUCACUUAUUGGGCAAUUCCAGUUGUGAAUUGGUCGCUUUUUUUAAUUUAUGAUACUAUUGAUAGUUAAAGGGUAUAUGAGUAAUUAACAAGUGUUCUUUUAAUAUGCGUCCCAUGUUUACGGUAAUUAUAUGCUACACUCUCGGUUCAUAUACGCCGGGAAUUCUCAAUUCAGGAAACGAAGCAAAAACAAUCUAAAAAGAGAGAUUUGGAUUUUUUUCUUUUCGACCACUUUUAUAUAAGUAAUAUAUUGUUUUUCUAACGUGUGGUUAGCCUAUAUGUUCGAUAGGCGAUACGAUCAUUCUUAUAUCUCUAUUGGUUUGUGUUUAUAAGCGAAAUAAUAUAUUAUAUGUGGUCAAUGGUCGA